CCACGUGUGUGUGAUCAGAGUGGUGCUGUAGUAGCACUGCAGGAUAUGUGUGAUGUUUAUUAAAUGAUUAUAUGUUAGUGUGGUGUUGUAGCAGAGUUUAAUGAUGGGGAAACCUCAGCAGAAGUCCAAGAAGAGUUUGUCUGAUAAAGUCCGUAAAUCUAAAGCGGCUCCAGAGAUCCAGAAAAACCCAUUCGAGGUGAAAAUCAACCGCAAGAAGUUCGAUGUUUUGGGUCGCAAGAGUAAACAUGAUGUCGGGCUGCCGGGAGUGUCGCGAUCUAAAGCCAUUAACAAGAGGAAGGAAACUCUCCUGAAGGAGUUCCGCAUGAAAGAUAAAAGCAAUAAAUUCAUCGACAGACGCUUCGCUGAAUAUGACAAUAAAAUCACACCAGAAGAAAAGAUCCUACAGAGAUUCACACUGGAGAGACAGCGCACUCAUGGGAAGGACAUGUUCAAUCUGAAUGAGGAGGAGGAGUUGACUCAUUAUGGUCAGUCUCUGGCAGAGAUGGAGAAGAUGACAGAUGUGAUUGACAGUGACAGUGAUUCAGAGGAGAGAGGACUGCUGUCAGCUGAACUCACCGCAUCACAUUUCGGUGGUGGAGGAGGUUUACUGAGGAAGAAGAGUGCUGAAGAUGAUAAAGAACACAAACCCAAAUCACGACAGGAACUCAUAGAAGAACUCAUCAUCAAAUCCAAACAGGAAAAACGUGAGCGUCAGACCCUGAAGGAGGAGUCACAGGUGCUCACGGAGAAACUGGAUCAGGAGUGGAAGUCCAUCCAGAACCUUCUGGCCCACAAAACACCUAAAGCAGAGAGGAAAGAUGAUGAGGAGGAGAAACCCAAGUUGGACGAGUAUGAUGUCAUGGUGCGUGAGUUGGGUUUCGAGAUGAAGGCUCAGCCAUCGGACAAACUGAAGAGUGCAGAAGAACUCGCCCGCGAGGAGAGAGAACGGCUGGAGAAACUGGAGGCGGACAGACUGAAGAGGAUGAUGGGAGACGCUGAUGAAGAAUCUGUUCAGACACAAACACACAUCUCCGCUGACGACAUUAAUGAUGGAUUCGUACUGGACAGUGAAGACCGCAAAACUCUCGCUUAUAAGGACGGGAAAUGGAACCUUGAUGGUGACGAGGCAGAGAGAGAAGAUGAUGAAGAUGAGGAAGAGGAAGGAGAGGGUGAAGAUGGGGGUGAUGAAGAGGAAGGAGAGCGUGAAGAUGAGGGUGAGGAAGAAGGUUCUGAGGAUGGAGAUGAUGAAGACCUGCAGUCUGACGAGGUCAGUGAGGAUGAGGAGGAUCAAUGUGCUGAUGAAGACGUAGAGGAAGUCGUGGUGAAAGUGUCUCCUGCGGUGAGUGAAGAACAGAAGAGAGUCGUGCAGGAGGCGGCCAGAGCUGAACUACCCUACACAUUUACAGCUCCAGAGAGUUACAGUGAUCUGACGACUCUCCUGCGGGGUCACAGCGGUGAUCAGCAGCGCCUCAUAGUGGAUAGAACAGUGAAGUGCAAUCACCCCAGUCUGGCUGCAGGAAACAAAACUAAACUACAGAGGUUGUUCGGAUUUCUGCUGGAGUAUGUCGGUGAACUUGCAACCCAGAAUCCUCCAGACCUCAAAACCAUCAACACACUUAUCCCUCAGAUCUGUAGUUUGUGUCAGCUGUUUCCGGACUCGGCAUGUAAAGUGAUGCAGACGUUGAUUGGUGACAGUGCACACAGCAUGGGCGAGACGCUGGAGGUCAAAGGUCGAGCUGCGAUGCCUGGUCUUGAUAUGUUGAUGUAUCUGAAGAUCACCGCUCUGUUAUUCCCGACGUCAGAUUUCAGACAUCCUGUGACGACACCAGCGUUCCUCUACAUCAGCCAGACACUUACCAAGUGUACAGUGUGUUCUCUGGAGGAUGUGUGUAAGGGGUUGAUUCUGUGCUGUCUGGCACUGGAGUAUGUGUCUCUGUCUCAGAGGCUUUUCCCAGAACUGAUCAACUUCCUGUUGGGGCUUUUACACCUGACAGUUCCCGACAAAACCAACACAGGUUAUGUGGUUCUGAGUCCGUUCCGGCAGCAGGGGAAGAACUGUGAUUUGUUGGUUCUGACGGAUUUAAACUCGUCUCACAGCUGGAACAGAAAACCCAUCUCGCUGUCUGCAGCUCACAGAACUACACUAGAUAGUGCACUAGAGAGAGACCAUUUCAGACUGUCAGUCAUCGAUGCGUGUCUGGAUUUAGUGAAGAGAUGCACGUCACUCUAUAAAGAUCUGACAUCAUACAGUCUCAUCUUCCAGCCAAUCAGAACACUCCUCCGUCAUCUACCUGUUCAGAGUUACCCCGCCCCUUUACAGGAUCUUCACAAGGAGAUUUUGGAGGUCAUUCCUGAAAAGCUUUCCCAGCAUGCACCUCUGGUGUUUAAGAAGAAGAAACCCGUUCCGCUCAAACUCUUCACACCCAAAAUAGUGCAGAUACUGGAUUAUGGGAAGAAGCGCGGGAACACAAAGGAAGAGAAGGAGAGGGAGAGACUGAAGCACAAGUAUAAGCGCGAGUUUAAGGGAGCGCUGAGAGAGAUCCGCAAAGACACGAGAUUCCUCGCUCGGGAGAAACUCAAUGACAUCAUGGGCAGGGAUCUGGAGAGGAAGAGGAAGGUGAAGGAGCUCUACGGCAGUCUGGCCACACAGGAGGGAGAGUGGAAGGCCCUCAAGAGGAAGAAGGGGAAGUGAUGUCACAGCAGUGAUGUCAGAGGCACAUCAACAGAGAUGUCUCCAGUCCUCGCCGUGUGAUUCUGUUUUAAUACUCUGAAUAAUAUUUCUUUCUCAUAAGCUUUUGUAUGUGACAAAAUGUGAGAAAUAAAAUGUAAGAUUUACAA